AUGGAAGGAAUAGGGCAACUCGAAGCGUCGAUUGAUCGGCUUUUGAACGAAGAGAAGCAGAUGAGGCUAGCGGAAAAUGUCGCCGGAACGAGGAAAGCCGCUACAGAGAUUCUGAAGCUUUGUUUCGAAGCUAAAGACUGGAAACUUCUCAACGAACAGAUUUUGAAUCUCUCUAAGAAACGUGGUCAGCUUAAGCAGGCUGUACAAUCCAUGGUGCAACAAGCAAUGCAGUAUAUUGAUCAGACACCAGACUUAGAAACUCGGAUUGAGCUUAUUAAGACCCUAAACAAUGUGGCUGCUGGAAAGAUAUAUGUUGAAAUCGAGAGAGCUCGUUUGACCAAGAAGCUUGCUAAGAUUAAGGAAGAACAGGGCCUGAUUGCUGAAGCUGCAGAUCUUAUGCAAGAAGUUGCUGUGGAGACAUUUGGUGCUAUGGCAAAAACUGAGAAAAUAGCUUUCAUCCUCGAACAAGUCCGCUUGUGCUUGGAUCGACAAGAUUUUGUCCGUGCACAAAUCUUGUCUAGGAAGAUCAACCCAAGAGUAUUUGAUGCAGAUACCACGAAAGGGAAAAAGAAACCUAAGGAAGGUGAUAACAUGGUAGAGGAGGCUCCAGCUGAUAUACCAACAUUGUUGGAGCUAAAGCGAAUUUACUAUGAACUGAUGAUUCGGUAUUAUUCUCACAACAAUGAAUACAUUGAGAUAUGCCGUAGCUACAAGGCGAUAUAUGAUAUCCCUUCAGUAAAGGAAAACCCAGAACAAUGGAUUCCAAUUCUGAGGAAGAUCUGCUGGUUCUUGGUCUUGGCACCACAUGAUCCGAUGCAAUCAAGCCUGCUUAAUGCAACUUUGGAAGAUAAAAACUUAUCAGAAAUUCCUGACUUCAAGAUGCUUCUAAAACAGGUUGUGACAAUGGAGGUGAUUCAGUGGACAUCUCUCUGGAAUAAAUACAAGGAUGAGUUUGAGAAAGAGAAAAGCAUGAUUGGAGGCUCUCUGGGUGACAAAGCUGGUGAAGAUCUCAAAAUGAGAAUAAUUGAACACAAUAUUAUCGUUGUCUCGAAGUAUUACUCAAGGAUUACCUUAAAGAGACUAGCAGAACUUUUAUGCCUCAGCGUUGAGGAAGCAGAGAAGCAUCUAUCUGAAAUGGUUGUGUCCAAAGCCUUGAUAGCGAAAAUCGAUAGACCAUCAGGAGUAAUCUGCUUCCAGAUCGUUAAAGACAGCAACGAAAUCCUCAACUCGUGGGCGACAAACUUGGAGAAGCUUUUAGAUCUUGUUGAAAAGAGUUGUCACCAAAUUCACAAAGAAAGUAUGGUUCAUAAAGCUGCACUAAGAGCCUGA